AUGACCCGAGAACGAUCGAAUCAAGUGAGUCCCUCGAACCUGACAGUCGAAGAGGACGGACCGUCGCAAGUUAUCAAGUACAUUAUAUUCUUUGUCAACGUUCUGUUCUGGUUCUUGAGUAUCCUUGUCCUUGGCAUUGGCAUUUACGUUAUGGUAGAAAAACGUGACGUAUACAGCAAACUGACAGAUUUGUAUUACGACCCCGCAGUCAUAUUCGUGGUAUUUGGAGGCCUGUUGUUUAUUAUAACCUUCACUGGUUGUAUCGGAGCGCUACGCGAAAAUACCUGCCUCCUGGUGUUUUACGCGGGAAUCAUCAUCUUUCUGUUGAUUCUGGAAAUCGUUUGCGGGAUAAUUGGUUUCGUUAACAGCGCAAAAGUGGAAGAGAAAGUCGAUGAAAAGCUACGCAACGCCAUCGUUUUUUACCGCGAUCCGCUGAAGCCAGACCUUCACUUUUUGAUCGACACUGCGCAAUCAGAACUGGGUUGCUGUGGCUCGAAGGCUUAUACCGAUUGGGAAGCCAACUUUUACUUCAACUGCUCGGCUCCUUCGGCCGUGAUUUCAGCUUGCGGUGUUCCAUAUUCGUGUUGCAAAACGGAAGAGCUACAGACAAACCGACAAUGCGGUUAUGGAAUAGAUAAACUCACUUUAGCUGCGCGGGAGCAGAGAAUCAAUGUACAAGGAUGUCUUACCGUAUCGGUGCAGUUUCUUAAAGAUAACCUUGUUCUGAUAGCUGGGCUAUCGCUUGCUGUCAUUGCAUUACAGAUAAUAUCUCUGUGCCUUGCACUGACUUUUAGGGGGCAAAUUCUUGGGGUAAAAGAGACAUAUGGGACAUAGUAAUUUCUGAUCAAUUGUGUUCACACUGUUUUUUGUUUCAAAGCGGAUGCAGUCAGUUACUGUAUCAUGUUCAUUCACACUAGAUCGUUAGUUUAUUUCACACUGAAUAAUCUGAUGUGGUAAUGGCCUCCUACUGAGUCAAAAUGGUCACACGAACUGUGUUUACUGACGCCCCCUCCACACACUCGUGUAUCUAAUCUGGUAGAGA